AUAACGUUGAUUUGUCAAAAGAAAAUAUGUUGUGAUAACAAAUCUUGAAAAUAUUUUUUUACAGUGUAGAUAACUAUGAAAUAAGGUGCCAUAUCAGUUAUAAGACUGAGAUAUUAAUGCGUGCUGAAUGAAUAAUCAUGCUCCUUGUUCUUAUCAUGUCUGUAUUAUACAUAAACUGUGUGUGUGUGUUAUACAGGUCUCUAAAUGAUCAGGUGUUUUAUAUUCAUAGUUACAGGGAAACUAUGCAGAAUCAGCUUUAACUAGUCCGUGUUUGACUUCUGAUCAUUUCGUUUUUAUACUGCACUUGUUCUGUUUGAGAUCGCCACCUUCUGUUUAAGCAUUAAACAUGUUGUUUUGAAUGAUCGAAUGAUUAUUGCAGUGAGCUUCACUAGGAGGCGCUACUGUUUUUUUUUUUUUUGUAUUGUUUAGCUCUGCUUGUUUUAGGGCAGAUGGCCGGCUCUUUAGAAGUUGUUGAAAAAGACUUGAUGCCUCUGUUCUCUGCUCUUGACAAAUCCUGUAUAUAAACUGUUGAAGACUACUUUCACUAAUCUGUGAAUUCAUGACAGGUUUAACUGUUGUGUGUCAGUGACAGGAUGUAUUUCAUCACAGUGAGUCAGAAGAGUUUAGCGAUGGGGAAAAAGGAAGAGGUGGAGCUGUUUGUAUUAUUAAAAAAACUCUUUAAGAGCACAAGAUAAAAACACAAAAUCAGACACAACGGAGGAACUCGCAGUGUCUCUGACUGAUGAACAAUACAAGCGGAUUCACAGUUUCAUCAUUCGUGAUUAUGAAGACCUUCCUCUUCUUCCUCUUCUUCACUCUCUUCCUGAUUACAGGUCACGUGGGCGACGCUGUUGACACCAUGACUGGCAUCACAGGAGGAAGUAUCAUCAUCAACUGUGUAUAUAGAGAUGAAACAAGAGAAAGUGCAAAAAGCUUUUGCAAAGUGUCUGGCCGUGAAUGUACAACCAUGACAGAAGUAAAGAAGGAUUUAUGGAUCCCAGAAGAGAGAUUCUCUAUGAUCGAGGAUGAAUCUCGGAUAUUGAUCAGUGUAUUCAUCAGAAACCUGACCGUAACCGACAGCGGGACGUACAGAUGUCAAGCCGGCAGUCAAACGGUUCAGACGAUGGAUCUCAAUGUGAAACAAGAGUCGUGUUGUGGGAGAUCAGAGGAUCAGACCGCAUAUUUAGGAGAAACUGCUGUCAUUCAAUGCAAAUAUCCAGAUACAUAUAAAGAUCAUGGCAAGCUAUUGUUCAAAGUACAGAAUGGAUUAUUAGAGUCUAUUAUUCAUACAUUUGGACAUUCGGCCACCAAUGAGAGGUUUUCUCCGAGUGAAAACGAACAGGAACAUGUUUUCUCUGUGACUAUUGCUGAUGUGGAAAGAAGUGAUGCCGGGGUGUAUUUCUGUGGGAUAGAAAACAACAAAAUCAUCUACACUCCCCUUCCCAUGGAGAUUCAGCUUCAUGUUUCAGGUCACGUGGGCGACGCUGUUGACACCAUGACUGGCAUCACAGGAGGAAGUAUCAUCAUCAACUGUGUAUAUAGAGAUGAAACAAGAGAAAGUGCAAAAAGCUUUUGCAAAGUGUCUGGCCGUGAAUGUACAACCAUGACAGAAGUAAAGAAGGAUUUAUGGAUCCCAGAAGAGAGAUUCUCUAUGAUCGAAGGUGAAUCUCGGAUAUUGAUCAGUGUAUUCAUCAGAAACCUGACCGUAACCGACAGCGGGACGUACAGAUGUCGAGCCGGCAGUCAAACGAUUCAGACGGUGGAUUUCAAUGUGAAACAAGAGUCGUGUUGUGGGAGAUCAGAGGAUCAGACCGCUUAUUUAGGAGGAACUGCUGUCAUUCAAUGCAAAUAUCCAGAUACAUAUAAAGAUCGUGGCAAGCAAUUGUUCAAAGUCCAGAAUGGAUCAUUAGAGCCUAUUAUUCAUACAUUUGGACAUUCGGCCACCAAUGAGAGGUUUUCUUUGAAAGAAAACGAGCAGGAACAUGUUUUCUCUGUGACUAUUGCUGAUGUGGAAAGAAGUGAUGCCGGGGUGUAUUUCUGUGGGAUAGAAAACAACAACAUCAUCUACACUCCCCUUCCCAUGGAGAUUCAGCUUCAUGUUUCAGAAAAUCAAGAACAAACAGAUGUUUCAGGCCAGUCUGAUCUCUACAUCAUCAGUGCGGUGUGUUCGUGUGUGAUCCUGUUGUUAGCUGUAGGACUGAGUUUGAUGUUGUUCAAGUGCAGAUGGAAGAAGACAGAAGAUUCAGUCUCGUCGGAUCAGAGGAACGCAAGAGACGGCGAUGAGGAAGUCAAUUGUCCUCACUAUGAAGCGAUUCAGGACUCUGCUCAGGAGUCCAUUGGUUUAAACACUGUUUACGCCACGACACAGUUACCCACAAGCCCCUCUGGCAGUGAUUUCUACGCACUGGCUGAAAAGUCUCAUGAUAUUGAACACUGAAGACACACACAUCAUAAUCUCUCCAUUCUUUCCUCAUUGAUUUGACUUUAUUUGGGUUUGUUGACAAUCUUUUUUUGUUUGUUUUAUUUUGACAACCAAUCGUUUGCUACAGUCAUAUAAACUCUUUUGACAUAAAAGUCCAUAUGUUUAUAUGAAUGAUAUCAUUAAAAUUAACCCCUUUAAGACCAAAUGUGGGUUUAAUGGCCUUUAAAGAGCACAUUAAGAUUAUUUAAGUAAUGAUUCAUUUUGAAAACUAAAGUCAUCCAUAAAGUUUUCUUUUUUUCUGACUAUCACCACGUGAAAAGAAAGACAUAUUGACACAGCAAAGGAGCAAUUCUUGACACAACUGAAUUAAUUAUUAUUUAUUUUAUUUUUUUGGUAGUAUAAUGUGAUAAUAUUUUAUUGAAUAUUUUUAUAGAAGUAAUAUUUUAUUGAAAAUGCCAGUGCUCUGAUAAUGGACACUAAUGUGAUUAUUAUAUUAUACUGACACCAAGUGGUUGAAUAUUCUCCAUUAUGAUGAUCAGUGUUGUUGAGGAACUGAUGAAAGAUAGUUCUUAUUUUGAUAUGGUUUCUAAACUGCCCUAAAUCUCUUUGAAGAUCAGAGUAUACAUUUAUUUGUGUCUGCUAAAUGAAUAAAUGUAAGUGUUGGACUGAACUUAUUCAAUGAAGAUGUCAAUAGAGGGAGCUACAGACACUGCGUUACAUAGAGAGAAGGAGCAAAUGAGUGUGUGUGUGUGUGUGUGUGAGUGUAUAUGUAAGAAAAAGA